AUGACACAAAAACCAUCUCAUAAUUAAGCACUUUUUGAUAAAUAUAUUGAAUAUGAUGGUCUUGAAGGUGAAGGAUUUAGAAUUGCAUAAUCUGAUAAUUAAUCUGAUAUUUAUAUACUUGAUGAUUAUGGUGGUUGGGUUGAUAAAGAAUUAAAUUAUUAUGACAGAGAUGGAGAACCAGCAGGAUAUUUUGAUAAAGAUUAUAAUUUUUAUAAUAUGACUGGAUAUAGAAUAUCAGGUGGUUAUAAGGGUGGUAUAUCUAUUGAAAGAGAAAUCAAAAAGAAAUAAAAAUAUUUAGAUAGUAUUCCAGACAACUCUAAAUAAAAAUUUGGUAUAUAUUUAUGAAUAUAAAUUAUUAGUUGUUGAAAUAUAAAAUCUACCAUCUAAUACAGUACCUAUCUAAAUUAUAAAUUAUAUAUUAGAGAGAUGUGAUUUAUAGUAGGGUGAGAUUGAAGAAUGUAAAAAAGUAUAGAAGUAAGCUACAAAAGGAUAUGUAGUAGUUAGUGGAGCAGACAAAGUGUAGAAAUUAUUAAUUUUGGAAGGUAGAAAAUUUAGAUUGAAAGAGAAAGUAAGUAUUAUUGGAAAAGUUAAUAAUAGGAUGGCAAAUAUAUAAGCAAUAAUAUUCAAUUAUUUGUUAGAGAAGCCAAAUUUAAUAAUGGAAAAUAAUAUUCAGAUUAUACUAAUAAUUUUAAGAAUAAUCAAUAAGAAUAUGUUGAAUAAGAAGAUGAUGGAUAUAAGAUUGUUUUUGAUAAUCUAGAUUGCAAGAAGACAAACUAAGAAUUAAUUAAUUGGAUUGUUAGUCAAACUAAUUGUUAAUAAAUUGAUAUUGAAAUAAAAAGACUUAAUUAAAAAUCUACAGGUUAAAUCAUAUUAAAAAAUGAAAAUCUUAUGUAUUUAAUUUUGAAAUAAAAUGGAAGACAAUUUGGUGAUUCACGUAUUACUUUUAAAUAAAGUAUUUUACUCAUUAAAAUAUAGUAUCUAAAUUAUGA